AUGAAUUCGCAAUCGAGACUCAUUGAUACUCUUCCCCCGGCGAAUAGGCAGAAGCCAAUGGAGGUGCUAGCUUUGGGAUUCAGUAGAACUGGUGUGUCCCUGUUUCUGCCACUCGAGAAGCUUGGAUAUAGCGUAUAUCAUAUGGAAGAGUGUGUCACUAGGUGGCAGGAAAAGCAUAUACACCUUUUUGAAGAAGCCACCAGAGCGAAGUUGCUUGGCCAGGGUGAACUGUGGACUGGUGCUGAACUUGAUAAAGUUCUUCAGAAUUACACGGCGGUUGAAGAUAUCCCUUGUCUCCACUUCGUCGACGAGCUCAUAGAGUAUUAUCCGGAAGCGAAGGUCAUACUGACCACACGAGACAUCGACUCUUGGCAGAAGUCGGUAGAGAAUUCGAUCUUCACGAUCGUCAAGAUGCGGAUACUUCCAUUUAUGAGCGCCAUAGACCCGCUUCUAUGGCGACCAUAUUUCUUUCUUCUCAAGUCGAGCGUAGAUGCAUGGACGGAUGGUGACAUCUCAAACACAGAGGCUUUGCGACGCUCCUACACGGAGCACUACGCACAUGUACGCUCAAAGAUACCCCAAGAAAGAUUGCUAAGCUUUCACCCGAAAGACGGCUGGGUGCCGCUUUGCGAUUUCCUAGGAAAAGAGGUUCCUAAGGAUGAGCCGUUCCCACGGGUUAACGAUGCUGCAUCGACUGUGAACCUACACUACUUUAUUGUGGUCUUGAGGCUAUGGCACAUCGGACGGAAGUACUUUGGAAUGGCUGCUGUCGUGGGUAUCGCGUAUGGGCUAGCGCGCUGGUCAAGGAAGUAA